AUGUCAUUUUCAGAUGAUCGGCUCUGUCGCAACUGCACCACGCUAAAUCUUCAGGCAGUCUUCGACCCGGCUCGUUUUGACGGUCUUCCGGCCAUUGGCUCGGCUCAGAGCAUAAUCCCAAGCUGCCCGUUCUGUGACUUGGUCUUCUCCAUCGGCUUCAACCUCAACCGCUACCCGAUGGCCGAGAAGGAGAAGAUCCUGUUAGCGAUCCCCGCCAAUCUGCUCUACAAUUUUGCUGAGAAGGCGAAGCUUGGGGGUGGCGGGGAACGUCCAGACUUCAACUCCGUACUCCUUCUCGUCAUGAAUCCCUCACACUACAAGACAGCAUCCGCUCAGUACUUUGGCAAUGCCAGUGCUGGUGGCGGCUUGACGGCGUGGAUCCGCUUCGCCCAUCGAGAGGCGCCAGGAAGUCUGGUCUCUCUUGCAUCCACCGCUAUCUUGGAGCCCACUCAACCUCUCCUGGACCUUCCGAUGCAAGCUAGAGUCUUGCGCGAGGAGAGAAUCGACUACGGCCUCGUUCGAUCAUGGAUACACCUAUGCGAGCAUCAGCACGACGCAUGUCGUACCAGCCCAGACUGGCAGACUCUCCCUCACUUCAAGCUCAUAGACUGUGAAACCCGUCAAAUCAUCAACACGGACCCAAACACUAGGUAUCGCUACGUAGCGUUGAGCUACGUCUGGGGAGUCGCGCCUCCAGACAAGUACACAUACCCCUAUCUGCCGGACGACCUUCCGCCAGUCAUCCAAGACGCCAUGAGGGCCACCAUCAAGCUCGGCUUCCGCUACAUCUGGAUUGACAGAUACUGCAUCUGGCAAGACGACUCGACUCACAAGAUGAGCCAGGUGGAGAGGAUGGACCAGAUCUACGGCGAUGCAGAACUCAGCAUCAUCGCCAUUGGCGCCAAGGAUCCGAGCUACGGGCUGCCGGGCUUGUCUCUCGGCCGAACGCAGCACGCUCCAAUCACCAAAACAAUCGGCGACCAAAAGAUUGUCACAAACUUCAGCCACCAGUGGCAGUUGGACCAGAUCUCGAGGUCAAAGUGGUCCACGCGGGGUUGGACGUUCCAAGAGACGUGUCUGUCCAGGAGAAGACUCUACUUCUCCAACUACGAGGUCUCCUUCGAAUGCCAUGACAUGAUGUGCUUUGAACACCUUACGCGUCCUCUUGCUUUGCAGGGGAACCUGGAACACCACGAGCGGCCCGAAUGGACUCUCCUCAAUACACCAGACGGCGUCUGGGCUAUACUUCAGAAGUACUGCGAUCGCCAGCUGACCUACUCGAGCGACAGGCUCGCGGCUAUAUCUGGAGUGUUGAAGAAGUGGUCACGAGUCAAUCCAGGGUGCCUUUCGUACUGGGGCAUCCCGAUAGUCGCCUCCGGCUGGCCGGUAGUAGACGCCACUGCUUCGAGACGCGCCUUUCUCGCUGGACUCCAAUGGGAGAUUCGGUCUGAAGGAAAGAACUAUGCCAGGUUGGCAGGUUUUCCCAGCUGGUCGUGGGUAUCCCAGAACGGGAGGACGUUGUUUGGUCACCAAGGCCACUUCCAUCUGAGGCCUCCCAAGUUAGUGGAACUUACAGAAAACUUUGACGCAGAGGUUUGGGUGGAAACACCUCAGGGAAACAUGGUUGAAUGGGCCGACUUCUUUGAGACUGGUGGUCUCGAUUCGUCAAUCACGCAAUGUACCAGAUAUCUUCACAUCGAAUGCUGGUCAUUUCAGACCGGGCCCCUCUGCUAUCGGAAGAUCAAACGGCGUUCAGGCACCUCGCACGACGACUUGUUCUAUCUUCCAACAACACGCAAACCCUCUGAUGGAAAAGGAGAGUUUGUUAUCAAGUUCACCCCAGACUUCGGAUACGAAGAUACCUUCCUCGACCGAAAACUUACGGCAAUAUGCUUCUCGCCUCUGGAGCACGCAACGUGCGCUAUAGUUCUUGAGUCUAUCCCUGGCCUCACGGUGAGAAUAGGGUUACUGGCAUUUAUGAGGAUCGAAGAUUUGGGUUCACACGAAUCGCAAAGUCCUGAGAAUCUGCCUUUUUCUGGCCUUCCAUUCGUUCCGCAGAGGCGUCGUUUCCGGUUGGGAUAA